CUUGGCGCGUAGCCGCGCCCUCCUCCAACUAAUUAUAGCCGUUGCAUAGAGGGCAUAGGGAACGAACGAGACGAAGGCCCUCUGGCCCCUCUCUCAUCAUCUCCCUCCUCCAUUUCCCCCAAACUCUACUCUCUGUCUCUCGAUAUCAUUAGAAGCUUAGCAGAAGUAACAAGUACAGUAGAAUGGGGGUGCCGCAGGCGAUGGAUGCGCUGUCGCGGAGGGCGGGGAUGCUGAGGGAGUCGCUGCAGAAGAGCCAGACCAACACGGACAGCAUGGUCGCCAUCCUCGGCUCCUUCGACCACCGCCUCUCCGCCCUCGAGGCCGCCAUGCGCCCCACCCAGGUGAGGACGCAUGCGAUUCGAAUGGCGCACGAGAAUAUCGACAAGAGUUUGAAGGCCGCCGAGGUCAUCCUGGGCCAGUUCGACCUCUCGCGUCAGGCAGAGGCUACAAUACUGAGGGGGCCGCACGAGGAUCUAGAGAGCUAUCUGGAGGCAGUGGAUGUGUUGAGAGGCAUUGUUCGUUUUUUCACCACGGAAAAGAACUUCAGAAAUGCCGACGGUAUUCUCAACCAUGUCAACGGCUUGUUAGCCAAGUCCAUCUCGAAGCUGGAAGAGGAAUUUAGGCAGCUUGUUAUUAGUUACAGCAAACCUAUCGAGCCUGAUCGCUUGUUUGAUUGCCUUCCCACCUCCUUGCGGCCAUCACUGGAGCAAGAUAGCAAGAACCCUCAAACCACAAACCAUGCUGAGCACUCAGGAAAAAGCUUGGAAACGGCCAUAUACAAAACCCCUACUCUUAUUCCCCCAAGGAUCGUGCCCCUCCUGCAUGACUUAGCCCAACAACUGGUUCAAGCUGGAUACCAACAGCAAUGUUUUAGAAUCUACAGAGAUGCUCGUGCUUCUUCGUUAGAAUCAAGCCUUCGGAAGCUGGGAGUGGAAAAACUUGGUAAAGAUGAUGUGCAGAAGAUGCAAUGGGAAGCCCUUGAGGCCAAAAUUGGAAAUUGGAUCCACUUUAUGCGAAUUGCAGUCAAACUUUUGUUUGCUGGGGAACGGAAAAUUUGUGAUCAAAUUUUUGAUGGUGUUAAUUUUCAAAAGAACCUAUGUUUCGCUGAAGUAACAGUUAAUAGUGUAGCAACACUUCUCAGUUUCGGUGAGGCAGUUGCUAAAAGCAAAAGAUCCCCAGAAAAGCUGUUUGUGCUACUAGAUAUGUAUGAAAUUAUGCGCGAGCUUCAGUCAGAGUUCGAAACAAUUUUUGAAGGCAAACCUUGUGCUGACAUGCGGGAGGCAGCACUAAGUUUGACUAAGCGCUUGGCGCAGACUGCUCAAGAAACAUUUGGUGAUUUCGAGGAGGCAGUUGAAAAGGAUGCCUCAAAAACAACUGUUCUUGACGGAACUGUCCAUCCUCUAACUAGCUACGUGAUUAAUUAUGUGAAGUUUCUGUUUGAUUAUCAGUCGACACUGAAACAGCUAUUUCAGCAGUUUGAAACCGGUAACGAAACAGAUUCUCAGCUAGCCAUUGUAACAAUGAGGAUAAUGCAAGCUCUUCAGAGUAACCUAGAUGGGAAAUCGAAGCAGUAUAAAGAUCCCGCAUUGACUUACCUGUUUCUUAUGAACAACAUACAUUAUAUGGUUCGGUCUGUACGCAGGUCAGAAGCAAAGGAUAUACUGGGUGAUGACUGGAUUCAAAGGCAUCGAAGAAUUGUACAGCAAAAUGCAAACCAGUAUAAAAGGGUUGCUUGGGCCAAGAUUCAUCAGACACUUUCUGUUCAAGGCAUGAAUAGCGGCCCAUCUAUGGCAGCAGAUGCGAGUAACAGCAGCGGAGUUUCAAGAGCUACUAUCAAGGAACGAUUCAAGGCCUUCAAUAUGCAAUUUGAAGAGCUUCACCAAAAGCAAUCUCAAUGGACGGUACCCGAUCAAGAACUGCGCGAGUCUCUGAGGCUCGCAGUUGCUGAAGUUCUAUUACCAGCAUACAGAUCUUUCGUAAAACGUUUUGGGCCGCUAGUCGAGAAUGGGAAGAAUCCUCAGAAAUAUAUCAGGUAUACUCCGGGAGAGCUCGAACGACUACUCGGUGAGUUCUUCGAGGGAAAGACAUGGGCUGAACCAAAGCGCUGAGGGCUUGCAAAACCAAAAGAACCUUUUUUGUAGCCUUUAAUUGAUUUAAUUUAGUUUAUUUUGGUAUUUGAUUUAGCAAGUGGCUCCCUAUCAAUAAGUUAUUUUGUUUGUAUUCAUUCAUUCCAUGUAGCAUGCGAACUUGCCUGGCAUUUAAUAAAGCGGAAACACUCCAA